AUGUAUAGCCUUGAGUGGGUGGCUGAAUUCUCCAUUGCCCUUGGUCGCAGGGUCACUGUUGGCACUGGGCCUGCAGCGAUCACAGUGAACUUACUUCAGAUUGUGCAGGACGACUGGGUUCAUGUUCUUGUCCCUGUGGGAUUUGUCAUUGGAUGUUAUUUAGACAGAAAGAGUGAUGAAAAGCUAACUGUAUUCCAGAACAAGAGUAUGUUAUUUAAAAGGGAAUCACGACCCAAUGAAGAAGUUACCUGUAAGUAA